ACCGAUGAAGUCUCUCCUCUUCUCCAUAUUACUCAUAUAUUUGAUCCAGUUAGUACGAUCGGAGGAAUGUACCGACAAACAUAUUCACUGCUUCUUUUGGUCACAAGAAGGAGAAUGUGAAGUCAAUCCAAGAUGGAUGAAAAAACAUUGUCAGAAAGCCUGUGGGACGUGUUCUUUAACUUCACCUACUCCUUUAACCCGGCAGCAGGAUGUACCAACGGCUAGAACUUUUGAUGACCAACAAGAUAGACAAUUUCUUCCUUCGAGACCUUCGUCAAUACCAGAAGGAUGUAAUUCAGUAAUGACCGUCGAAGCCGAGACCCGUCGAAUCUUUUCAAGUGGUCAAUUAACCGCCCGUUUCCGGCAACAAAUGUGCGCAGAGGAACAAGUUGCUCCAGAUUGUUCCAUCAAUCAGUGCUUCCAUAAAAAGUAUCGCUCAAUGGACGGCACGUGCAACAACUUACAAAACCCUGUCAAAGGAGCCGCUUUUACUGCAUUCACUCGUCUUAUGCCAGCUGCUUAUGAUGAUGGUUUUAAUACUCUUGUGUCUGCUUCACGUCGUAAUCGUCCAAACCCACGAGAGGUGUCUGUAUUCCUGUUGUCUUCAGAAAGGUCACUGCCUGGACAUGUUAAUUCACUUCUUAUGCUUUUCGGACAGUUUGUAUCCCACGACAUUACUUCAAACGCCGCUCAAAACUUCUGCGGAUGCCAAAACUCCGGACCAAUGUGCGCUUCGAUUUUUGCUCCACCUUCUGACAGAUCACGCCGUUGCAUUCCAUUCACCCGAUCAUUCCCAAUUUGUGGAACUGGACAAUUCGGAAGAGUUAGAGAACAACUGAAUAUGAAUACAGCUGCAAUUGAUGCCAGUUUGAUUUAUGGAUCAGAAGCAAUUACUGCUCGUAGUUUAAGAUUUGCAGCCAUGCUCAGAACAUCAAUGAUCGGAGGUCGUAUGUUUCCACCAAACACUAAUCCUGGUAGUUUGACUGCUGGAGAUGGCAGAGCAAUUCUUUUCGUUGGACUUGCUGCACUCCAUACAUCGUUCCUCCGUCUCCAUAACAACGUUGCUGCUCGUCUCCAAAAUAUGAACAGGCAUUGGAAUGCAGAUCGAAUUUUCCAGGAGUCAAGAAAAAUUGUUGGAGGAAUUGUUCAAGUGAUUACAUAUCAAGAAUUUGUUCCAGAACUUAUUGGAGAUGCUUCGAAAACUAUUUUAGGAGCAUAUAAUGGAUAUAAUCCAAAUGUGGAAAUUGGGGUAUUGAAUGAAUUCGCAGCUGGAGCUUACCGUCUUCAUGGAAUGAUUCAAGAGACAUACCCAUUGGUUAACUCACAAUUUCAAGAAGUUAAUAGAUACCGGUUUAUUGAUGGAGUUAAUAAUAUCAAUCAUGUUUUGAACAAUAUUGAUGCAAUCUACAGAGGAAUGAUGACUGUACCAGUUAGAAGUCCACAGAGAUUGACAACUUCUGUGACUGAAAGGCUCUUUGGAGGAAGUGUCGAUAUGGCAGCAGUUAAUAUUCAAAGAGGAAGAGAUCAUGGGUUGAGAUCUUACAAUGACUAUCGUCGAUUCUGCAAUCUCCGACCAAUCACUAGUUUUAAUGAUUGGCCAGAAGUUCCAGAUGAGAAUGUUCGCCAACGUAUUGGACAACUGUAUCGUACACCAGAUGAUCUUGAUUUCUAUGUUGGAGGAAUUCUUGAACAACCAGCAGCUGGAAGUCUUUUGGGAGCUACGUUUGCAUGUGUAAUCGGAAAACAAUUUGAGAGACUCCGUGAUGGAGAUAGAUUCUACUAUGAGAACCCAGGAGUUUUCACAUCACCUCAACUUGCUGAGUUGAAGAGAACUACUCUUUCAUGGGUAUUGUGUCAAACUGGAGACAAUAUGGUCCGAGUUGGUCGUCGUGCAUUUGACAUUGAGAAUGGAUCGAGAGCAGUUCCAUGCUCAUCGAUUACAGGAUUGAACCUUGAAGCCUGGAGAGAAUAGACAUUUGUUUCAAUCAUUCUCAUUCACCGUAUUCCUUAAAAGUGCCAAAUGUUUCAUAAUGAUUCGAAAACUUUUCAUCUAAAUGUGCCAUUUUAAUAAAUUGUUAUCUGU